UAGUUACUCGACAAAUGUCUGCCCAAGCAACUGCCCAAGCAAUUCUAGUUACUCCCAUUUCUCCUUUUACGGAUUUUACUAAUUUUCAAAUAUUUUUGCAACAACAACAACUACUCAAUUCUUUUAUGAACUCUCUAACCUUAAACAAAGCAAAUACCAAAUAUGAAGAA